GUCGGUGCACGGCAUAUAUGUUUACGUUUCGGUUUACAAGAAUUUGAAGAAAACGAUUAAAAAAACCGCAAUUUUAAUAAUCACGUAUCGUUUACAACAUGUGGUAGUGCUAUAAGUAGCCAACCAAUGAUUAUCUGCAAAAACAAACUGACACGAAAACCACGAGCUAUUUUUACCCUGCUCCACCUCUCACUGGCGUAGAUUGACCAGCAGCUGCUGCAAUGCCCGAUGCGGAAGCUCCUCUGCUGGACGACGCCGUCGAAGGAUCCGUCGACUUCAAUGGCCGCCCCGUUUUCCGAUCCAAAUCCGGCGGCUGGAGAUCCGCUUCCUUCAUCAUAGCCGUGGAGGUGGCGGAGAGGUUCGCUUACUACGGAAUCAGCUCCAAUUUGAUAAGCUAUUUGACCGGACCGCUGGGGCAGUCCACCGCCACCGCGGCGGAGAAUGUGAACGCGUGGUCUGGAGCGGCGUCGCUUCUGCCGCUAUUAGGCGCCUUUUUGGCCGACUCGUUUUUCGGUCGGUAUCGGACGAUUAUCGCGGCUUCUCUGCUGUAUAUUGCGGCACUUGGAAGCUUGUCACUCUCAGCUGUCAUUUAUUCAAUGAGCUCAUCCGACUGUGAAGUUGCAGCCGGUAUGAAAGCUUGCUCCCCGUCUCAGUUUCAAGUCGUUCUCUUUUUCUUCUCGUUGUAUCUAGUUGCAUUCGCCCAGGGAGGGCACAAGCCUUGCGUCCAAGCUUUUGGAGCCGACCAGUUUGAUGAACAAGAUCCGGUAGAGAAAAAGGCAAAAAGCUCGUUCUUCAACUGGUGGUACUUUUCGUUUUGUGGUGGUGUUUUGGUAACUCUAUUCAUUUUGACCUACAUCCAAGACAAUUUGAGUUGGGCACUUGGCUUUGGCAUCCCCUGCAUUGUCAUGGGCCUAGGCCUGAUUGUGUUUCUUCUCGGAAGUUAUACAUAUCGGUUCCCAGUACAAAGUGACAAGAGAAGCCCGUUUCUCAGAAUUGGUCAAGUCUUCGUUAGAGCCUGUAGAAAUUGGAGGACUACUCAUUCUGCCAUAGACGUGGAAUUGGAAGCCGAGGGAAUUCUCCCCCUUGAAGGCUUUCAGCAAUAUAAGUAUCUGAACAAAGCUUUAGUUUCACCUGAUGGCUCUAAGCAGAAUGAGAAAACUAGUAGCAUAACUGACAUAGAAGAGGCGAAGUCGGUUCUCAGGCUCGUUCCGAUAUGGGGCACAUGUUUAAUUUACGGCCUAGUGUUUUCGCAGUCAUCCACUUUAUUCACCAAACAAGGCGUCACAAUGGACCGUCACAUCAUCUCAAGCUUCCAAAUACCGGCUGCAUCGCUUCAAUCUCUCAUAAGCUUUUCCAUUGUCGUCUUCAUCCCCAUCUAUGACCGCAUCCUACUCCCAAUAGCCCGAGCCCUAUCCGGGAAACCAUCAGGCAUAUCAAUGCUUCAGCGCAUUGGCACUGGAUUGUUCCUGUCCUUGCUCUCCAUGGUGAUCGCAGCUCUUGUGGAGACGAAGCGUCUCCAAAUAGCUGUCGAGUAUGGGCUGGUGGACAUACCAACGGCCACGGUCCCUAUGAGCGUGUGGUGGCUGGCACCUCAGUAUCUGCUUUUUGGGAUCUCCGACGUUUUCACAAUGGUUGGUCUCCAAGAAUUUUUCUACGAUCAAGUUCCUAGCGAGCUGAGAAGCAUCGGUCUUGCUCUCUAUCUCAGCAUAUUCGGCAUAGGGAGUUUCAUCAGCAGUUUUCUCAUCUCUGUCAUUGAGAACGCCACUGGUGGCGAGGGCAAGGAAAGCUGGUUCGCGGACAACUUGAACCGAGCUCAUCUCGACUACUUCUACUGGCUGCUGGCCGGGCUCAGCGCAGCUGCAUUCACCGCGUAUCUCUACUUCACGAAGGGAUGCGUUGACUUCAAAGGCCGCCGCGUUCUCCACUCCAAAUCCGGAUGCUGGAAAUCCGCUUCCUUCAUCAUAGGCGUUGAAAUGGCGGAGAGAUUUGCUUACUAUGGAAUCAGUUCGAAUCUGGUGAGCUAUCUGACCGGUCCGCUAGGCCAGUCCACGGCGGCCGCGGCGGCGAACGUCAACGCGUGGGCGGGGACGGCGUCGCUCACGCCGUUGCUCGGCGCCUUCGUCGCCGAUUCGUUUCUCGGGAGAUAUUGGACGAUUAUCGCUGCCUCUCUCCUCUACAUCUUGGGAUUAGGUUCACUGUCAGUAUCAGCAGCUCUCACUCAAUUCGAUUCCUCAUCUCCUCCUCUGAUUGGUGUGAUUUUCUUCUUCUUCGCGCUGUAUUUAGUUGCAUUUGCAGUAGGCGGCCACAAGCCUUGCUUGCAGGCAUUUGGAGCUGACCAGUUUGAUGAUGAGAAUGUGAAAGAGGUCCAAUCAAAGAGCUCAUUCUUCAACUGGUGGAAUUUUUGCUUGUGUAUUAGCACUGUGUUAGGUUUGUUAGUCUUGACCUACAUUCAAGAGAAUCUGAGUUGGGAACUCGGCUUUGGAAUCCCCUGCAUCGUGAUGUGUUUUGCGCUGUUUGUGUUCCUGUUUGGGAUUGGGACCUACAGAUUCCGUGCGAAGAGUGAUGGGAGGAAUCCAUUUGUGCAAAUCACUCGUAUCCUCGUGAGAGCUCUGAAAAACCGGCAUGCUGCUGCCCCCGAAGAUUUGGCUAUUGAGGAGGAGGAGGCUCACUUUAGGUUUCUUGAUCACGGGUCGCUAGAGUCUAAUGGAGACGAAGCUUGUGAUAUCGAAGAUGCAAAGGCGAUUCUAAAGCUUCUCCCAAUAUGUUUAGCAUGUUUGCCUUUCGCCGUUGUGUAUCAACAAUCCACAACACUCUUCACCAAGCAAGGAGCCACAAUGGACCGCCACAUAACCAGCAACUUCCAGAUCCCAGCAGCCGCCCUCCAGGCCUUUACGCCCGGAUCCAUCAUCCUCUUCGUUCCAUUCUACGAACGUGUCCUAAUCCCCCUAGCCAGAUCCAUAACCCAAAAACCAACCGGCAUAUCACUCCUCCAAAGAAUAGGCACCGGCCUAGUUCUUGGCAUAGUUUGUAUGGUCGUUGCAGGCUUCACCGAAAGAAAACGCUUGGAGACUGCUCUUGAACAUGGGAUGUUUGACUUGCCUAAGGAGACUGUCCCGAUGAGCAUAUGGUGGCUGGUGCCUCAGUACUUAAUUAUGGGGGUUGCUGAUGUGUUGACGUUCGUUGGCCUUCAGGAAUUCUUCUACGAUCAAGUUCCCGGUGGGCUGAAAAGUAUGGGGCUUGCUCUGUCCUUUGGUGUGGCCGGGAUUGGUGGCUUCUUGAGCAGUUUCUUGGUGUCUGUGGUGGACAAGGCCACGGGUGGACGCGGCCAAGAUAGUUGGUUGUCGGAUAACUUGAAUCGGGCUCAUCUCGACUACUUCUAUUGGCUGCUGGCAGGGCUUAAUGCAUUGUCUGUUGUCUUGUUUGUCUACUUUGCUAAAUCUUAUGUUUGUAGCAAGAGAAGAAGCACCGUGUGAAAUUGCUGAGGUUUUGUGUUCCUCUAAAAUAUUCUUUCAAAUCAUAUGGAGUAUGUUUUCUAACA